CGUCAUCAUGUCGGUGCAUAAACUGCUUAGUGUAAUUGUAUGGUACGGAAGGAGGUGGCGUGCUGUUGUUUAAGACAUUCAUCACUGACGUUGCAAAGAGGGACAGGAGCGACUCAAACCAUCUCGGCGACUUCAGAACGCAGAUGAAUUCAUCCUUAUCCAUGGUCGAUAAUCAGGAGAUUUGAUGAAUUUCCUUCAGGGAACUACUUUGGGGGAAUAGUUCCAGUUUGGUGGAAGCAUACUGCUCCUUCUCCUAGCUUGCUUCCUCUACUCACCGCUCUAACAACGCAGAAGUCGCCACCGUCUUCAUAUUUAUGAACAAUGACAACCAAGUUGCUGGUGUCUUUUUUACUUCUGUCAGUCCAACGGGUGCGUUCCGACCCUAACCCACGGGACUACGAUGGGGACUAUGAGGACAGCACUGUCAAUCAGAUAAUGGCUCCCAAAAAUCAUCAGGCCGACGCCACACUCAUAUUAAAUAACCUGCUGAAGGACUAUGACAAGAAACUACGCCCAGAUAUCGGAGUUAAACCAACUCUCAUAAAUGUCGACAUAUAUGUCAAUAGCAUCGGACCUGUAUCAUCGAUUGACAUGGAAUACCAAAUUGACAUCAUUUUUGCCCAGACAUGGGUAGACAGCCGUCUUCAAUACAACAGCACCAUGAAGAUCCUGACUCUCAACAGUAACAUGGUUGGAAUGAUCUGGGUACCCGACACAAUCUUCAGAAACUCCAAGAAUGCAGAUUCCCAUUGGAUUACAACCCCCAAUCAGCUUCUCCGGAUUUGGAACGACGGAAAGAUCCUGUACACGCUUAGGCUGACCAUCAAUGCAGAGUGCCAGUUGCAGCUUCACAACUUCCCCAUGGAUGAGCACUCGUGUCCUCUGGUCUUCUCUAGCUACGGCUACCCACGGGACGAAAUUAUCUACAAAUGGAAAAGGAAAUCCAUCGAAACCUCGGAUCAGAAGUACUGGCGCCUAUAUCAGUUUGACUUCAUGGGUCUGCGGAAUACCACGGAGGUGCUGAAGACAACAUCAGGUGAAUAUGUGGUCAUGACAGUGUACUUCGACCUGACCAGGAGGAUGGGCUACUUCACCAUCCAGACCUACAUCCCAUGCAUCCUAACUGUGGUCCUGUCCUGGGUCUCCUUCUGGAUCGACAGCGACGCGGCCCCGGCCAGAACUGCACUAGGCAUCACCACCGUGUUGACAAUGACCACUCUAAGCACAGUGGCCAGGACCUCCCUACCCAGAGUCUCCUAUGUGACAGCCAUGGAUCUGUUUGUCACCGUGUGCUUCCUGUUUGUCUUUGCGGCCAUGAUGGAGUAUGCAACCCUCAACUACUACGCCUACAGAGCUCAGAACAACGCGCCGCACAAGACCCAGAGACUGACCUAUUCGAUGCUGGACAUGGGGCCCAGGUCCCCGACCACCGUCAUUCCGUUGAACAAUAACUACUCGUACUGGCACGACUACGAGGAUGUGUACGAGUGCCUGGACGGGAAGGACUGCCAGAGCUUCUUCUGCUGCUACGAGGAGUGCAAGGGGGGAGGGUGGAGAACGGGACGCAUCCACGUUGACAUCAAGGAGCUGGACGCCUACUCCAGAGUCUUCUUCCCGACGUCGUUCAUCCUGUUCAACAUUGUCUACUGGGUCACCUACCUCUACCUUUAGCAGCUUCAGCUGGAGUCGACCUUAUUGCUUUGGACCAACGUGAAAAGGCACGCAGCAUAUUGGGGAUGGGACAUGUCAUGAGACGUCAUGUCGCUCAGAUUUGUGCACAUGAACACUUGGAUAGAAGUCAAUGAUUGGUCGGCGGGGAAGGGUAACCAACCAAUAAACAGCUGUGAGACCCUAACACCAGGAUGCUGGUCAGAUAAUAGCUAUUGAAGCAUCCAAAGUGCCUUCUUCAGAAAGGGGCCAUCACCUAGUUAUAGGUGGAAUUAAGGGACUAGAAGAUUAGGCGUUUUCUCCUACUUAGGUUAUUCCACAUCUGAGUGGAAGCUUUGGAAUUUUUCCUACAUAGGUUAUCCCACAUAGGUAAUUUCAUUGCAUGCUAUACUUAAAACCAAUGAAAAGCUAGGGAGGAUUGCACUAUAAAAUGAUUCUGUAUUAUUAUUAUUCUGUAUGUUUGGCAUCAUCAGAAAGUAGGUAUGUGACAAAAUGUAUUUGGUUUCAUAUUUCAAAAAAAUAUGUAAUGUUUUUACCAAGAUUGAAAUACCACCAGAAAAUGCAUAAUGCCUGUAGAUUUCAACACACCAGAACAUUUCUAUAUGACAAUACGACUUUUGUAAAAUAAUGUAUCUAACAAAGUCUUCUUUUGCAACAUUUAGUUUAUUUUCAGAGAGUAUUAAUAGAGUAAUGUUAAGUUAAAUCGGCUGUCUGCGGACAAUCCACACAGUCAAUUGAAUCUCAUAUUGCCAGACAAAGCUUGGUAAGGUUUCGCAAUGAAUCAGCGCAGAGAUUUCUGACAAAAUGUUGGACAUUUCUCCAGGCCUAAAAUACAUCACAGGCUGAUGGCCGGGGAAUGAUUUGGGUCAUUGUAGUACUGUUCAUAUUGUGCUAGUACACAGUACUAUGGUAACAACGAAGAACAGAUCCUUGGUUCAUCUCCAGGAACAGAGUCUGUAACAUUAACGUUAACAUAUAGUAGCAGUGGUACCAAAACAGACGUAACAACACAAACAAUUGUAAACGGUGUAUUUUUGGGUUUAAGAGGAUAUAUAUCUACAUAUAUUUUGUACUGUGACACCGGUGUUUUCGCAGUGCUUUGGCUUAGAGAUAUGGUAGUAUCUUGUAUUCCACGUUAUAAGAGAAAGUGUAUGUGAGAUAUAGAUCAACAGAUAGUUAUGUUUUUCACUUCUGUAUAACAAUACAAAUAUUGCACUUUAUAAGUGUCUUAGUUUGAUAUACUGUAUUUACAAUGAAUCAAACACUAUUUUAUAUGUCUGACAAAGAUAAUCCUUUUGUUACAGCAGAUUAAAGAGAACCGGUGUCUA